AUUUUUUUGUUUGUUUGUUUUCCUUUCUGUUGCGUGUUGCUCUGCUCGAUCAGAAGUUAAAAGCAGUGAACAUUUUUCUUAGCUCUAUGCCUCCAAGCUGCUGGCCUGCCAAGUUAGUCAGCUGAAUCCAAUUACUGCAAGCAGCAUUUCAUUUGGCUCGAUGGAAGCACUCACUUACAACUUCACCUAAAAUUUCAAUAAUACCUAUAUUGGGCCCACGCCUGAAUAAUUCUAAAGAUUUCCCUGCGUUUAGCUCUGGCGACUUCUUCUCCGAGGUGGGCUCUGCGGGAGCAGCGCCGGGAGCAGAACACAGCCCCAGCGUGCCCGGGAUCCCCUCGCCACAGAACAAACUUUGGGGGCUAUUCCUGUGGCCGUGGAAAUCCCGAGAUUUGGCCAAGCUCUCACCAAGUACAACAUGUUUAGACCAAGAAGGUUUCCGCUUGUGAGGCUCAGGAGCUGCUUCAGGAAGGAAUGAGAAGUCGAUAAUUAAUUAGGCACAAAAUGAAAACUUACCGUAUUAAUCAAGAGCGGCUAACAAUGACUCGGUUUGCAAUAUUAUGAUCUCUCCGCUCAGGGGCUAAGGUGCAACGCCACUUACACUGCCUUCAAACACUCUGUAAAGUGCUAUUUCUAAUGACCCGUCUUUAAAAAAAAUAAAGCACUUAAAAUUGACGUACACCCACGUGAAUAUAUUAUAUAAGACGUUGCCGGGACAGGCCCAGGCCAAGAACCCGAGUGAGCAUCAUGUGUAAUCAUGAAGCUCCACUUCCCCAACUCCAGUUUGCCAGCAUAAAUUAAGGUGAUAAGAAGAGGGAAUGUUGCAUCCUACUUGGUUUGGGUAGGGAGAGAGAAGACUUGGUGGAAAGUUGUAAGGUCUGUUGUGUUGUGAGCUAUUGGAGGCGCUUCCGUUGGUUGUUCAUUAAGUGGUCCGUGCCCACGGAUUAUCCAAAGGAACCUGAAGAUCCUACCCAGACAGUUAAAGUCAAAAAUCAAGAAAAAACAUAAGUGUGGUGGAUACGAGUGGCCCGGGCCGACGACGUGAGGCGCGGGGCGGCGGUCAAUGUUAUUUGAGCGGGGGCCGCGGGCCUCGGAGAUAGCAGAGCGGAGGAUGCAGAAAGCCGCUUACUACGACAACGCGGGGCUCUUCGGGGGCUACAGCUACAGCAAGGCCGACGCCUACCCCUACGGCGCGACCCACCAGUCCUACGGCCAGGCUGGCCUGGACGGCGAGUACCCCGGCUCGGCCUGCUCCGUCCAGGGCUCGGCUCCCGGCCGUGCCCCGGCCCACAAGGGCAGCGAGCUGAGCGGCAGCUGCAUGCGGACGGCGGGGGGCGGCGCGGGGGCCAGCCAGCCCUCGGGCAUCGGCGAACAGCAGCCCCCGGCGCUGCCGCCCUCCUCCCCGCCCAACCCCCCUCCCAGCGCGCCCCCUCCGAAAAAAAACAAGGGAGGCCCCAACUCCUCGGGCUCAACCACCGCCACCCUCAGCAAGCAGAUAUUCCCCUGGAUGAAGGAGUCCCGGCAGAACUCCAAGCAGAAAAGCACCUGCGCCCCUUCAGGAGAAAGCUGCGAGGACAAGAGCCCCCCCGGGCCGGCCUCCAAGCGGGUGCGCACAGCCUACACCAGCGCGCAGCUGGUGGAGCUGGAGAAGGAGUUUCACUUCAACCGCUAUCUGUGCCGGCCGCGCCGGGUGGAGAUGGCAAAUCUUCUCAACCUGACCGAGCGGCAGAUCAAGAUCUGGUUCCAGAACCGCCGGAUGAAGUACAAAAAAGACCAGAAAGCCAAAGGCAUCAUGCACUCUCCCGUUGGACAGUCCCCGGACCGCAGCCCCCCCCUGAGCGGCCCAAACCACGUCGGCUACUCCAGCCAGCUCCCCAGCGUCAACAGCCUCAGCUACGAUGCGCCCUCGCCCACCUCUUUCGCCAAGUCCCAGCAGAGCAUGUAUGGGCUGGCCGCCUACACGGCGCCGCUGAGCAGCUGCCUGCCGCAGCAGAAGCGCUACGCGGGCGCGGAGUACGACCCCCACCCCAUGCAGAGCGGCGGCGGCGGUUUCGCCAACCCCAGCCUGCAGGGCAGCCCCGUCUACGUGGGGGGCAACUUCGUGGACUCGAUGCCGGCCUCGGGCCCCAUGUUCAACCUGGGGCACCUGCAGCACCCUUCCUCCGCCAGCGUGGACUACAGCUGCGCCGCCCAGAUCCCCGGCGGCCAUCACCACGGACCUUGCGACCCCCACCCCACCUACACGGACCUCUCCUCCCACCACAGCUCUCAGGGACGGAUGCAGGAGGCACCCAAGCUCACGCAUCUGUAGCGGGGCGGCGGGCGGCGGGGCCCGCUCCCCUCUCCAUUACCUCACUUUUCUGACGGGACAGUGUUACUUUGCUCUCGAGUGCCAACAGUGUUAGUGGAUUUGUCUCCCCUAGCAGCUCCCUUCUUCCGCAGCCCCGGGUAGGUCCGCGAGCAGGAGCCUUUCUCUUAGGGCUGUGUUUAAGCAUGACAGUGCAAUAUACUGCAAACCGAGGGACUGGUAAGCUGGUAAUGAUGUACUUGAAGGUAAGUUUUAGACAUGCCGUAGUGUUAGCAGCUCGUCAUGCUGAGGUGUUUUAGAGCAGGGGUGAGCGGUGGGAACUCGCCCGCGCGUAAACUUAUUCCAGAGAAGUUAAUUUAUGAAUUCUUCCGUAACGUAAGGAUCGCAUUGGACUAAACGAUAUGUAUUUAUUAUUUUAAGCGAGACAUUUUUGUAUCACUGAUUAUUUAUCCUCGUCUUAAUGUAUUUAUGUGGGUAUUUGUAGAGUUCCUUCACCAAUACUUCGGGAGAGCGAUUCAGGUCCGUGGUGACUGACAUUUCCACCUAUUUAGUAUAUUCGGUCUGAGCUAGUUGAGAGAGUAGUCUUGAACAGUUGUAACAGUGGCUGGUGUUCGUAGUUUAUGUAAGGAUUAAUUAAGACAGCAAGUCGUAAGUCAUGAAUAGAGUAAAACAAACUGUGGCCAUCACACAAAAGAGCCGUUACACUUUAAAAAAAAAAUUAAUAGUAUCGGAAUUAUUUUAAAAGUAUUUAUUUCUGGCUGGCCCCGAGCGCCGGGGUGGCUUGGGGGCAGCUGGCUUGGCCGGGUGAAGCCACCCUUGGCUGGAAUCACAGCCGCUUGGAGGAGGUGAUCUACAAAGCAGGGACGCUUGGCCAUCUUGUUUCAGAUCAAAUCCUGCGUACAAAAGCCUCGGUGAGGUUAACAUUUAUUUAUUGACUGGGUAUCUAUCACACAUAUUAUUAUUUGGGUGGGCUAUUUUAUUUUCUUUUUUCUUUUUUUUAUUGUUUUAAAUUACACUCUGGCUAUCUGAAAUAGGAAAGAUUAGAAGCUUAGAAAGCAAAAAAAAAAAAAAUUAGAAAUCCUCUGAUAGUGCUAAUUUCAUUAGGGUCUCCAUAGCAAUCUGCGCAGCAGCUGCUGCCUCCUUUGUUAUUUGUACUGUUGUCUUUAUACUAACCAUAAAUCAAUUUUUUAGACAUCUUUGAAAGCCCGAGCUUUUCCUCUUGUUUUUCAUAAAAAUAAACUUUGAAAGAAAAUUGACAAUCAGGUAGAUGCAGCCGAAGGGCAGUCGCAGAGGCGGGGUGCGGGCAGGGUCGCCCGACGAGGACGUCUCCGUCCCCCAGGACCGCGGCUGCGGGGCAUCGCCGCCUCCUUCCGUCACCAACGGGACCGCUAACACGAGGCGGAAUAAAUAAAAAUUAAUUAAAAAAAAAAAGAAAAAAAAACAACAACAAAAAACAACCCCAACCAAACCACAAAA